AUGCCGGGAAGGGGCAAGUGCACUUACUCUUAUAACCACCAGGUGCGGCUGUCUCAAGCAGUGGCACCGGCAUCUCUGGAGACUGCUCCCGCGGACUCGUGCUUUCUUCUUUCGUACCCCUUCCCAAAGGAGUACCCUUCCCUUCACCCCACACCUUGGAGUAGGUAACUGGGCGCCGGCCAAUCACGUACAAGUGAGAACUUCUUGCCUGAAGACUAUAAAUACUAACUAGCUUGAAAAUGGAAAACCAAGAACCAGCGGAUUCUUCUCAAAAUACCAAACAGUUUAUUAUUUCAGAGGAGUUAAUUGCAGAAGGAAACUGGGUGAAGCUUGAAAAAGCAACUUACAUGGAUCCUACUGGUAAAACAAGAACUUGGGAAACUGUGAAGCGUACAACCAGGAAAGGACAGUCGGCUGACGGUGUGACAGUUAUCCCAGUGCUGCAGAGAACUCUGCAUUAUGAAUGUAUCGUUCUGGUGAAACAGUUCCGACCACCCAUGGGAGGCUACUGCCUGGAAUUCCCUGCGGGUCUGAUAGAUGAGAACGAAAGCCCAGAAGCAGCUGCUCUGCGGGAGCUGGAGGAAGAAACUGGCUACAAAGGUGACAUUGCUGAAUGUUCUCCAGCUGUAUGUCUGGAUCCAGGCUUGUCAAACUGUACCACACACGUCGUGACAGUAACUAUUAAUGGAGAUGAGGCUGAAAAUGUCAGGCCGAAGCCAAAGCCUGGAGAUGGAGAGUUUGUGGAAGUAAUUUCUUUACCAAAGAAUGACCUGCUGAAGAGACUUGAAGUGCUGGUAACUGAAGAACACCUGAUAGUGGAUGCCAGGGUCUAUUCCUACGCUCUGGCUCUGAAACAUGCAAACACAAAGCCGUUCGAGGUGCCCUUCCUGAAAUUUUAAGGCCAGAGAACAGUGGCCAUGUUUUUGUAAAUGAGGCCACCAGGCCUCCUUCACUGACUUUGCAGUCAGCUAGUUUAAUGCAGAUUUGAAAUUAGCUUUUUCAUAAAAUAAAAGCAAUAAAGAAUGCAUGUGGUGGUAUGGAAUUAUAA